UUGAGUUACAGAAUUUAGUCAUUGUUUAUAUGGGAAAAAGUUAUUUUGCACGAAAGUAUAACGGAUCUUACGCGUAUUCUAGUUCUGUCGAUAGCGCAGAAUUUCUUUGUCAACAUCAACACGAAAAAUCUGACACAAAUAUACUAGAAAGAAAAAUUGUCAAUAUCCUUUGUGUAAGGUGUCAAAAUGUAAAUAUUGAAAUUUGUUUGUGGCUAGUCAGGAUCACAGUUCUCGAUCGAAUGGAGUUUGCGUAAAUUAUUGAAUUUCAUGUCGCGCAUUUAUGUGUCAGCGGGUCACGUGCACGUGCAUCCCCUUGGCAGUGAAAGGAUUACAUCAGGCGUGGAAAUUGCUCGCGGUUAUCAUUACAUCUGGUAGUUAAACCGACCGGUUUUCGGCUGUACAUACAUAUAAAUCAAUGAGGUCAAUCAGGUUGAUCUGUCAUCACAUUACAAACCCGAUGCAAUUCGACUCGGCGCUGAUUAGAUCACUUCCGAUUAGAUCUCUUGCAUUAUUAGUUAGCCGAAAGGGAGUUUCGACGAGACGCGUUGCGGUAGAAUGGAGCUAGAGAAAAGGGUGAGACAAGGGGCGGUUGGUUGCAAACUUGCGCGCCCCCCGCGACGCGACGCGACGCGACGCGUCGUCAUGUGUGAGUGGGGAUAUGGUGUUUCUUCUUUCGGGGGUAGUCAGCGCCGCCACGGUAUCACGCAGGGUGAGUCUCACUUCUCAGUCGCCACUCGGUCAUCCUGCCGAACGGUUGGAGUUGGAUUCGAGGGAAAUUGAUCUAUUCGCGCGCUUAUUCUCACGCAAAGUCGUAUUUAAAUUUGGCUUUUCCCGCUCCCUUAAGCUCCCGCUUCGGGAGCUUAAUCGGUCUUGAAUUCGUUGGAUAAAUUAUUAUUAUUUUAACGCAGUGUUUGUAUCCUCGCUUUUCACCGUUUCACCGUUUCACCGUUUUAUCAGGAUAUACGUAUCAAGUGCGAUUUGUGCAAUUUGUGUGUGGGAACGUGGUGUGCCGCAACCGGUCAGCGCGUGUGCACCUCACGACGAUCGAUCGACUCGAGAUACGAUACGAUCCAGAGAGACGAUGGACGAUGGAACCACCCUCUCGUUAGACGACAGAUAAGAAACAACAACAACACAUGCACUACCGCCUCUCGUCGCUCUCAUCGUUUCGACAUCGCUUUCGACUACCGUCGUUUGAUCAUCGAUCGUCAGAAAAAGAUAUUUCUGUAAAGAAGGAAUCGAAUGCAAAAGAUCAUCGUGGAAUACGGCAAGACUCGUCGAAAAAGAAGACUCGCGUGAUCGAGUUGACGACAUCAAAGUGCUUCUCAUCGUAAGAUAGCACGAGGAACGAUCCACGCCAAACGAUGAUGUGACUGCUGGCAACUGACGUCUCACAUCCGGUUAAUCUCGAGCGAGGGAUGUCCUCCUCCGCGGAUACCUGCACGGACGCUGAGGAGGACGCCGAGGAUGUGGAAAACGACGUCACGGGUACAACGGCGCAGUCGUCACGUUAUCUAUCGUCGUCGUUGUCGUCGUCGUCGUCGUCGUCGUCGUCGUCGUCAUCGUCAUCAUCAACAGCAACAGCAACAGCAGCAGCAGCAGCAGCAACAUCAUCAUCAUCAUCAUCAUCAUCGUCAUUAUCGCGAAUUCGUCGUCGUCACUGUCGCCGUGAGAGCGAUCACUUGGAAGGAUUGCGGUUAGAUGGGUCAUCAGUCGCGUAUCGUCCGCUAUCGUCCGACGACACUUCCGGGAGCAUCGUCGAAGACUCGUGCCCAUCGAUGCGUUGGCCACGCGAAUAAGAAGAAGAGGGCACCGUUGCGUUCACUGACAAGAUACCUAAUCAUUCUCGAGGAACGACAGCCAGGUGGAUCGAUCGGCGCCGCACUCCGAUCGAUCGUCCUUCUCCUCUUCCUCCUCCUCCUUCUCCUCCUCUUCCACCUGCUCCUGCUCUCCCGCGAUGACUCGAUAGUCGGACUCUUUCAGCUGAUAUUCAUUCCGCACGGAUUCAACGAAUUGUCCGACCGCCGCUGCCGCCGCUGCCGCCGCUGCCGCCGCCGCCGCUACCGCGUCCGUGAACGGCCGAUCGAUAGAUCGGCGCGGUCGCCAACUGCAACAGCCAACAGUAUUUUCGAGGCGAGGUCAAGAAAGUCGAAAAACGAAUUCGCCGAAUCGAACGUGCGCUAUCGGGAGGCACGUGCGACUGGAAUUCCGAAUGAGUACAGAACGUGCAUAUCGAUAAGCGAAUUUGAAGCGCGCUCGAGGGUCUUCGAAAGGGGGAUCAGCAGGGGGCUAGGUGAACCGACAACAUCGACCAGCGACACGCCGCGGCUGCCAGUGGCCAACGCCGCCGGUGUUGAGCUGUCCUUUGGCUCGAUAUUAAUCCUCCCGAUUGAAUGGUCGGCGUCGAUCCGAUUUAGAAAAUCGAUCCAGCGACAGGAUAGUGGAAUAAACCUGCUCGAAAGAAUCGUGGGCCUGAAAAAACGAUUCUCAAUAAUUGCUCGACCGAUCUCCGCCUUCCAUCGAUUAUCGAACGAGCGAACGAGCACACGUGUUAAACACGUGUUAAUUGUUCUGCGCAAAUUAAGCAAAUCGGCAAAUCAGUUUUUCCAGCCGUCUAUUCUCGAGGCGAUCGAUUUUGACGAUACGAUCCAUUCUUCCUUUUUCUUAUCAAGAAAAUCGUCGAUUCAUGUAGCUGCCGCGUUUCGAGCUGCCGUGAUGACGACGUCGGAAAGGAGGAUGUCGCUUAGAUGACGAAAAAAGUUGUCACUCCUAUUUUCGCCGUUAUUUAUUAAAAAAUCAUCGACGGAAGUCUUUUUAGACCUCCGUUCGAACGCCUAAUGGGGUAGUAAACGGCACGCGAGGAUCCACGAGAAGAAAAAUCUCUUAAGAAAUUUGCGGCCUUUUCCAUUCUUCAUUAUUUUAUUCGAUCGAAAGUUUUGGUCGAGCUAGAAAUCCUUGGCAGACACGAUUAUCUUCAACGUCGAAACGAAAAACCGCCAAAACCGAAUCGAAACCUACCCCAUAAAUUUCAUUGAUUUGCCGAAUCGAGCGAUGAUGAUGAUGAUGAUGAUGAUGAUGAUGAUGAUGUGAGAAACUAUCGAGUGUUUUUUCUAUCGAAUGUGCUGCGGAAUGAUUUCAUACAGUGAAAUUGUAAAAUUGUUCCCUCGAAAAACUAAGUGCUCGCUUCGGAAAGCUAUUCGUUACGCGAAAUAAUUUUAACGCAUUCCACAUUUUUCCCGGAUAAGUGUGCUGGCACUGGGUAAUUAGUGCGCGUUAUACGAUAUCAGUUUAAUGAAUCGCAAUGGCGAAUCGUCGCGUUCGAGCGUUAUCGCAAACGAUUCCAAGUGCGUGAGGUGUAUGCCAUCAUUUUGUUACAUGUAUACCAAGAGAUAUAUCUCAUGUGAAUACUGGUAUGACAACGAGUGACAAGAGAAAAAGCACGCCAAGGAUUUUCGCAUGAUGUAUCGCAGGCGGCUAUAAUCAUCGUAGCCGGCACAGGCCGGCCGAGAUCCUGAUAGCCAUAGCAGCGACCAGGAUCCGGGACCAUUCAACAAAGAAAGGAUGCCAGGGGGGCGAAGGGGCCUAGUAGCCCCUCAAAACACGUUUUUGGAGAAUAUCAUACGACGCAGUAGCAGUCAACCCGACAGCAGUUUUCUACUAGCAAACGCCCAGAUCGUCGACUUCCCGAUUGUCUAUUGCAACGAGAGCUUCGUCAAGAUUUCCGGCUACAAUCGUGCCGAGGUCAUGCAAAAGUCAUGUCGUUGUGGAUUCAUGUACGGGGAGCUAACGGACAAAGAAACGAUCGCCAGGAUCGAGGAAUGCCUCGAGGGUCAGAUUCACGAUCAAUUCGAGAUUCUACUAUACAAGAAGACCAGUAGCCCAAGAGAGACACCAUUAUGGCUGCUGUUGCAAAUAGCGCCCAUCAAAAACGAACGAGACCUCGUGGUCUUGUUCCUGUUAACGUUUCGAGACAUCACCGCCCUGAAGCAACCAAUCGAAACGGACGACAGCAAAGGCGGUCUCUCAAAAUUCGCCAAGCUCGCCAGAUCAGUUACCAGAUCGAGAUCGGUCCUAGUUUCUCAAUUCAGCUCUCAUCUGCCGGCCUUGAAAGACACACCUGUACCGACCACCACCAAACAAUCGCAUCUGGGUCAUAUGAUGACCUUAAGCGGCGAUGUUAUGCCACAAUACAGACAAGAAGCGCCGAAAACACCGCCACAUAUUCUACUACAUUACUGUGCAUUUAAGGCAAUUUGGGACUGGAUCAUUUUAUGUUUGACUUUUUACACAGCCAUCAUGGUGCCGUAUAACGUCGCGUUUAAGAAUAAAACUAGCGAGGAUGUUUCCUUAUUAGUUGUAGACAGUAUCGUUGACGUGAUAUUCUUCAUCGACAUUGUCUUGAAUUUUCAUACAACGUUUGUUGGUGCUGGUGGAGAAGUCGUGUCUGAUCCUAAGGUAAUCAGAAUGAACUAUUUGAAAUCUUGGUUCAUCAUAGAUCUAUUAAGCUGUCUACCGUACGAUGUAUUUAAUGCCUUCGAUCACGAUGAGGACGGAAUAGGUAGCUUGUUCUCAGCUUUGAAGGUGGUACGGCUGCUGCGACUUGGUAGAGUCGUACGCAAGUUAGAUCGUUAUCUGGAGUACGGUGCCGCGAUGCUCAUUCUUCUACUCUGUUUCUACAUGUUGGUUGCUCACUGGCUGGCCUGUAUCUGGUACGUCAUAUUAAGGUAUUCGAUAGGGAGAUCGGAUGCCGACAAUGGGUUGCAAUACUCUUGGUUGUGGAAGUUGGCCAACGUUACCCAGUCACCGUAUAGCUACUUGUGGACCAAUGCCAGCACCGCACCCGAACUAGUAGCUGGCCCGUCACGCCGUACGAUGUAUGUCACUGCUCUUUACUUCACAAUGACUUGCAUGACUUCCGUGGGCUUUGGAAACGUUGCAGCCGAAACUGACAACGAGAAGAUAUUUACCAUCUGCAUGAUGAUCAUUGCUGCCUUAUUGUACGCCACGAUCUUCGGUCAUGUCACCACGAUUAUCCAACAAAUGACGUCCGCUACCGCCAAGUAUCACGAUAUGUUAAACAACGUGAGAGAAUUUAUGAAGCUCCAUGAAGUGCCGAAAGCUCUUAGCGAGCGCGUCAUGGAUUACGUCGUCAGCACGUGGGCAAUGACCAAAGGCUUGGAUACGGAUAAAGUUCUCAACUACUGCCCCAAAGACAUGAAGGCUGACAUUUGUGUGCAUCUUAACCGGAAGGUCUUCAACGAGCAUCCCGCUUUUAGAUUAGCGUCCGACGGAUGUCUGCGUGCCUUGGCGAUGCACUUCACGAUGUCGCACAGCGCACCUGGCGAUCUAUUGUAUCACACAGGAGAAUCUAUCGACUCUCUGUGUUUCAUCGUGACCGGCAGCCUCGAGGUCAUACAGGAUGACGAAGUGGUGGCGAUACUGGGAAAGGGCGAUGUUUUUGGGGACAGCUUUUGGACGAAUCCGACGAUCGGCCAGAGCGCAGCGAACGUUAGGGCGCUCACUUACUGCGAUUUGCACACGAUCAAGCGAGAUCGGUUGUUGGAAGUAUUGGAGUUUUAUCAAGCCUUCACAAACUCCUUCACCAGGAAUCUGAUUCUAACUUACAACUUGAGUCAUCGGCUCAUCUUUCGAAAAGUCGCCGAUGUCCGUCGAGAAAAGGAAUUGGCCGAAAGAAGAAAAAAUGAGCCGCAAUUGGAUCAAGCUCAAGAUCAUCUAGUUCGCAAGAUCUUCUCGAGGUUCAAGAGCGAAGGGGAAAGUCAGAUCGGCAUGACCAGAACCGUGAGCGGACGGUCUCAACAGGAUUCCGACGAGGAGCUCACCGUGAACGUCCUACCACCCUGGCCGAGUUUUAGGUUUCGUCGCGAUAAACAACACACUGCCGACGUAGAGAAAGGCGACGGUAAAGAUGCCAAGGAUGGCGAAACGUCGCACGCUAAGAAACUCUCUACCACUGAGGAAGGUGGAACGACCGUCGCGAAAACACGACCCGGCAAAUGGGGUCGUUUGUUAGGUAGCUCAAGUGUAGACUCCAGUAGCGAAUCGGGCACGGUCGGUGAUACGUUCAAGCGAUCUCUUAGCGCGAGAGACGCGCGUCCGAGUUCCAGCGCCGGCAACAAGAUCUUCCCGAAGCUGGGUAAACUGGAAGGCACAAUCGAGGAGGGCGGCGGCAACGUUGAGAAUUCAAAGAGUGCGCAGCAACAGCAGGUGCAGCAACAACAGAUCCUCAGCGUGGAUUCGAAGCAGCUGCAGCUGCGACGUCUAGAGAGCUACGAUGGUGGUUUAAUUACGCAGCAACCGAGUCACGAGCGUGAGAUUCUCGCGGCGGUGCUGGAAGUGAAGGUGGAUUUGAAACUAGAAGUGCAGAGGGUAAAUCAGCGAUUGGCUAAGAUCGAGGACAUGCUACAGGCGCUAAUGAACAAAUUUCCGGCCGCCGGAACAUCGCCGUCCGGCGGCAGUAGUGGCGGUUCUCAACAACAAAAGAUACCGAGCUUCGUUCUGAGCGGGAUCCAGAGUCAGCGGGAUUCACCCGUUACCCCGAGCGCGGUAACGUUGGUUCAGUCCGCGACUCAGACUGCCGAGUGCAGACCAUCGAUCGCUACCACGUCGACGUCCACGACACCGAGCGAGGGAUAUCGGGAGCAGUCGACGGCGACGGAGCGUGUGUCGAAGAGCGGCCAGGAGCACCAUCAUCAUCAUCAUCACCAUCAUCAUCAGUCGUCGUCAUCAUCCCGGGACGUGAACAAGGAGCUAUUGGAGCGAUUGGCGCAGGCUUCCACGUCGCGUGGUGACGAUUCGAAUGCCCUGGGACCGCUCAUCUUGAGGAAGCGACGUAGCAAAUCGCGCCAGAAGGGUGCGGCGCCACUCGCUCCUCUCGCCACACAGCCAAUGAGCCCGUCAGAGGCCACGGAGACCACGCAGAUGCUCGAGUGUACCGAUGAUCGAGAUUCGAGUGGUGGACCGACUGACAGAGCUGUCGCAGACAGAACCGCUGACAGAUCCGAUCGUAAAAGACCACCACCCAGACCGAGGGAGUAUUUGUGAAAGUUCUUUUCUUCUUCUUCUUCUUCUUCUUCUUCGUCUUCUUCGUCUCGAGACAAUCUACCGCGAUGCGGUCAAAAAAGUUUAUCAUCCGAUACGCUUGGUAGUUUAGUUUUCUCUCGUGAGAAUGUGAGUAUCCAUUGUACGAUAAUGCGCUCGCGAUUAUCUUAUUCUAAAACGUUCAUAUAUGUACAUCGAACAAUAGCUAUUGUCUCGUUUGUAUAUUUACAUGUAUGAUUGCUUAUUACGUGGUGGUUCACUAUUUCGUUGCAGCUGGAAAUUUUAGUUGCUGGCCACCUCACUCGUGUGUUUGGACUUGUUCGACGACACGAUUGAGUAAACUGAUUCUACUACUCUUUGAAUUGCGGACGUCAUUAUUAACGAUAUAUAAUGUAUCGAUAAUUAUCGAUAAUAUUGUCCAUAUAUCGACUCUGAUUAUAUAAACAUAAUAUAUAUUUCGAGAGAAAAGUUUCGCAUUUUCGUUAAUUGCUCUUCGAGAUAAGUGGAACGAAAUAUGAGACGAUCACAAGAUUCCACCUCGAACAAAUGUAAUGCCAGCGUAAUUCUACGUGGCCAAAAGCGACGAUUAACUCAAGGAAACAAGGUAAAUAAAUGCAAUCUUAAGUACGAAUUACUCAUUUGCGACGGCUUCUUCGAGACACAUCGAAACUCUCUGAGGGAGUACAUCCACCUUGUAUAUACGCGCGCGCACACACAAACACACACACACACACACACACACACACACACACACACACACACGCGUAGGUAGAUAUAACGAUAGAUUCACGUGAAUCGCGUAGUUGGUUUUACGAUAGCAUCAUUAUGCGAUUACACUACAUUUCUAAGCCUUUCUUCGGCCACAAGAAUGGGCCACGUCGACACCAAGCCAAUAUUUCUCUUAAUGAGACAGCGUGGUAUUUUGUAAAUACUAAGCCAAGCAUUCGCGCAUUCGUGAUAUAACUUGUAACGGUGGUGUCUAACCAGAUUGUCAAGAUUGUAUAGUCCAGACCUGACCAAGUACAUUAAUUUUCAAUAAAUAUCAUGAAACAUUUUAGACUCGAAAAUGUGAAAAAUAUGUUACAAAAAUAUAAAGCAAAAACAAAUAGUACAAUAAAAUAAUUAAAAGUUUUAUAUAAAAAAUGAAAUAAUUGAAAAUUAUUUCUUUCAAAAUUUCAUGAUAUUAAAAUUUAUGAUACUUGUUGAAGGCUAAAAGGUCUAAGCAGAUAAGUAAUUUUUUUAGGAUCUCAGGUGAUUGAUUUUAAAUGCAAAUAUAUAGAUUUUUGAUUCCUGAAAAGCAUACAAGUAUUUUCGGAAUAACUUUUUUCUUUGUAAUUUAAAUACUACUUUAAAUAUUUUUAAUAAUUAGAGUUCCAAAUAUAUUUAUAUUGCAUUCUUAUAUUGGACUAAUUCUGCACGUUUAAUCGAAUUAUUUGAAAGAAUCAACUGAUUAGAUGGAGAGCACAUAUACGAUGUUUAAAUAUAUUUUCCUAUAGACAGAAUAUGGUGUAUUGCAAUAGUAAAUGUACCUGAAUGUAAAUUCGACGGUUUCAUUGCAUCGGUAUAAUUUCUUUUAGUAAAAUUAGUCAAAGAUUUUAACACACUUUGGUUUGGGCACUACCGACAGGUAAGAGGAUUUUUAUCUUGAAAAAAAUAUAUAUUCAGAAAUCUUUAAUUUAAAUGUAGAUUUACGUUUUUUUUUGUUUUACUUUAAAUGCAUUGAACGGUGUUAUCGAAUAACGCUGAAUAAUUAGAACAGAAGAGCGAAAGAACUAAAUCGAAAUAAUUAUCUCAUAUUUAACAAAUGGAAUUGAAAAUAUCGUCAAAGGAAAAAAAAUAUGAUUAUUCCGUUCAAGAUGGAAUCUUGAUAUAAAUAUCUGUUGCAUAUUGCAAGUACAAUUAAAGGAGUUUUGAUUGAAACCAAUUGAAAAUUUAAAAAGUUCCAAUCAAUUUCAUAUAAAAUUUAAUUAUUUUUUAAUAAAUCUAAAAUAUUCCUGAUAACGUUUUACGUUACUUUCUCACUUAAUUGCUUAUUAAAUCUUAUUGCAUUUCACGUGACGAGUAAUUAUAAAGCAAUGAAAGUGUGAUUUGACUUUGAGAAUUUGCUCUUCAAGUUGAUGAAGUUGUUAAUUCGUCAAAAGAAGUUUCUCGUGCAAAUAGAAUUAGUAUUGUUACGCAGAAUGGCGCUACGUUCGCAAAUUCGUAUUAUAUAUAUAUAUAUAUAUAUAUAUAUAUAUAUAUAUAUAUAUAUACACACACACACGAAGCCAAAACAGCAAUAUUAGAUGUAUAUAUCUUGUAAAAUGACAUGUAUAUAUAUUUGCAUAAUCAUUGACCAUACAGACGUGAGAAAACGCGUGCUGUUGCUGCUGCUGCUAUUGCUGCAGACGAGAAUGGCGUCUUUGCUAAUAAUAAAACGAGCUGACAAUCAAUCUUUUGCAAAUAUUUAUUAGAUCAAAUUAUUAUAUAAUUAUACGAAUCUAAAUUACUUGCCAUCGCUACUUGUGGAGAAUAGAAGAAACAAAUAAUUUGUAUCAAUAGCGUGCUAUUUUUUUACUUCCUCUUUCAUUUUAAUCUCUUUACAGUUAUACAAUUGUAAGACAUUAGUAUUUUUCUAUUCUUAAUAAUCGUGAAGAGCAAAGACACGAUUCUCAUCAGUAAAGACAUUUAAUUAAAUUGAAAGUAUAGACGCAAAUACGCGUGCACACACGUAAAAUACGCAUACACAUAUAUUUACGCGUGUACAUAUAUAAAUAUAAUAAGAGAGACAGAGAAAAAAGAAUAUGUAUAAAUAGAGAUAUAUAAUUUUAUGUUAUGAAGAAAAAUUAUUGAAAAAUCGACAACUUUGUUAAAUAGAUUUUAGAGACAGAAAUGAUAUAGCUGGCUCUAUCAUAGUUUAUAUACUUAUACGCAAAUAAAAAGAUUUAACACUGUUGAAAUUGUAGCAAUUAAGCCAAUUAAACGAUUAAGUCUAUUGAGCAUCGAUUUGAAGUGCGGUACGCUGAGAUUUUUCAUGCACCGAUCAUAUCGCGCGGGCUGUUAUACGCUAAAAUAAUCGACUUUUGCAAUUUCCACUUAGUUUCGUCGAGGAUUUAGACGGAACGGCAUCUAUGUAAAUUUCAUUCGUAACAUGUAGGGUUAUCAUCCGUGCGUUUCACUAAAUAUAUUCGAAAUUGAUGAUUGAUCGAACGGCAUCGAUGAAAAUUUGCAUUAACAAAUAUUAAAUGACGAAAACAAAAUUAAUUUUAAAUACUGUAACAAAGAGAUGGAUGACAAAGAUUACUUUAGUUUGACUUUUUAUACAACAUGUACAGUUAAAUUAAGUAAAAAAGUUCAACUAUAAGACGUGUGUUUUGCAAUACUUUGAUUCGUGUCGGUUCUUCCGAUAGGAUCGGAAUAUUGCAUAUACAUAACAUUGCAGAAAAUGCAGCCAUAACUGCUACAUCUGCGACUCAUUACAGCACGAUGAGAGAAGUUAAAAAAAUGAAAAUCCAUUUGUCAAUUACAACUGCCUUUUACUUCCUUCACGUGAAACUUGUACAGCACGGAAACGUACGCGAUGUGAACCCAAACGGCAAUUCUACGCUCCAUUGCAUCAAAUUGUUCACCGGCUGUAAUGCCGGUUUAUUUGGGGAAUGUUAUUCGUAACUUCUAUUUGUUACUGUGAAACGCGGCGAGACACGCUCAUAAUCCAACGAACCGUAAGUAGCAGAUAUGUCUUUUAGAAUCAAUGCGAUAUCGUAAGGCGACGGCGAAGAAAAGGAGAAAACGUGUAUAGAGAAUUUCGAUUACAAACGCGAGCGAAAGUUUGUAUUCGUUAUCCAAUUAAUCCGUGAUAUUAACGCAUGAAUUUAACCAAGUUAAUCACUUUUGCCAGGUCAGAGAAGAUGAUCUCCGUUAACUUUGAAAAUUACAAUCUACUACUAUGUAUAUGUACGUAACAAAGGUUAUCAGAAACGGAAAAAAAAUUUGGCAUUUAAAUAAAAAAUAUUAAUUGGAAGCAUUACGAUGCGCAAAUACGAUACGAUCGUUUUUAAAACAUAAAAAUAUUAUGAAUGUUGCAUUAAUUAUCGAUGGAACACUUAAAAAUUGUUACCAGUUUGUGUUAUCCUCUCUUUUUUUCUAAUUGAAUCAUGUCUUUAAUAAGGCAUAUAUAAUAUUGCAGCUUUGGACAAAUAUUGAAUAUGUAAAAAUAAGUAAUCUAUAUCUCAGAGAGAAAGAUAAAAAUUGAACAAAGAAUGGCUCAUAAAAUAUAGUUAUGCAGUUUUGAAAAGAAUCAUGAGAGGAAAGCAAAAACGAGAGUGUAAGAAUGAAUGUGCCUGCGUGCAGUUAUAUAAAAAAAUAAAUCCGUUUGCGCUCUGCCUCAUUUGACUAAAUUAGACUUGUUUUAAUUUCACUGUCACCGUUUCUUUGCGUUAAUAAUGUUCACUUAUCGAGAAAAUCUAUGCAAUUUUGAGCUUGCGCUAGAGUUUCCUUUAUUUUUUAAUUUGCGAUAAAAAUUAUAUAAAACAUGUAGCCGACUUAGAAAAAUACGUUAACGCUGUCGAAACCUAUUUAGAGAUAGUCAUAUUUGCGAAAACAUCGUGAUUCACCCCGUGUGCAGCCCGGAUAGGGCAUUAUUGGACAUAAAUGAGAGAGUAUAAAUAUGAUAUUACAGUUUUUUACAUCAGCUACUUCGCAAUAAUAUGAACAAUCAUCAUUCGAACGACAAUGUUGUAACACGAGUCGUCGUCCCUGACCUUACGUGCUUAUUCGCUCGAAACAAAGUUUCAAGAAGCAAGUCAAUUCUCGCGAGUCGUUUCAACGAGUUAUUACACGGCAUGUACAAAUCCGCGUUCGAAAGUUGCUGCGAAAGCUUUGCCUUGUCCUUGAUCAUCAAUUUCCAAAAAUACAAAGUUAUAUUAUUUCCAUAUUAUCAUAUAUAAUAUUGUAUUAAGCUUUAGAUUUUAGAAAGAGUAAAAAGAGCCCUGUAGAAAUGAAACGUAUCGAAUUUCAUUAUCGAGCUGAUUUAUCAGCGAUAUUCAUGCAUAUUCAGCGAUAUAAAUUAAUUUUAAUCAAGAUCAUAAAAAAGCGGCGAUUUAAAUCUUAGUAUUUUUUUUUUUCAUCUCAUGCGACGUUGAUUAAAAUAAACUUUAAAAUAGUAUAAUUUAUGUAUAUUUUACCAUUAUGUUUUUAUGUAUACAACCAUGACACGCUAAGUAGCAUGUCGCAAUCGCCGCGUGCGAUCUCGAGAGCCUUAAAUAUAGAGAAAUUCGAUACGACGAUGACGACGAGAGUGUUCGCAACGACCGUCGAAGAAGCCGUGAUAGGUAUUGUACGAAUUUCAUGAAAAAAAAAAAAAGAUUAAAAAUUGCAAAAACUAUAAAUAUAUAAAUA